AUGCUUUUCUUCAGCUUCUUCAAGACGCUCACCAAUCAAACCGUCACCAUCGAGCUCAAGAACGACAUUCGCAUCCGCGGAAUUCUCAAAUCGGUUGACCAGUACCUCAAUAUUAAGCUCGACGACGUCGAGGUGCUGGAUCUGGACAAAUACCCUCAUCUGUCUUCGGUUAAGAAUAUGUUCAUUCGAGGCAGCGUGGUACGAUACGUCAUGCUGCCCAGGUCAGAGGUCGACGUGGGGUUGUUGGAGGAUGCUACACGGAGAGAGGCUGCCAACCAGGCCGGGAAAGCGCGGUAG